AUGAUCCAACUACCUGUCGAACUCCAACGGGGUUGCAUCGAUUUCCUUUCCGACGAUUUGGCGACGCUUAAGGCCCUUCGCCUGGUAAACAAAGGAUUCCACGAAUUGGCCUCCGAGAGUCUCUUCCGCACAGUAUCCUUCACGAACGUCGGAAACAGCCCUGAAAGAUUCUUGAAUAUCAUUCAUUCCUCUUUACGAAAGCAUGUACGUCAUGCCAUCAUCAAUACUUCCGAGCACCCCGACAGGGAGCAGAAUGAGGAGGAUGAGGAUGAGGAGCAGGAUGACGACGAUGACGACAACGGGAGAUAUCUAGCGGAUGGACCAGACAUCCUCUGUACCUUCGCUGACGCCAUCACACAACUUCCACAGUUGGAGAGUUUGAAGCGGACAGAGCUAAAGUUCUCGAGCAUUUGCACCGUGGAGGACUACACUCACACCAGAUACAGAGAUACUAUGCUGCAGAUUAGAGAGGAUGAAAAUUUCCGGGCGAAGAUCCAGGACCUUUGCUUCCAGGCUUUGGCGCAAAGCGAGAGCUUCGAGAGUCUUACGAUCCAGAACUUGCAGGAUGCAAUGCCUCAGGAUGUUAUGGAAUCAAAAAGCUUCCUGGCCGUGAGAGAGCGCUUGACAGAAUUGCGACUGAGAAUUCUGAGGUACCACGUGGAACCGGAAGGUGGACAGAGCACCUAUGCUGAUGCGCAGCACAAUGGUCUAAGGCGAUUUCUCCCGAAGUACUGGUUGAAGCCCACCACCAACCAACUCACACGUCUUACGCUCGAUUGCGACUGCCUCUGGGGCGUCUGGCCUUUCACGGACUUCCGAGAGGUCGAACCGUUUCCACACCUCAAGUCGUUGUGUUUUGGCAAUUGGACCAUCGCGCAUGACUGGCAGGUCGACUGGAUCGUCGCGCAUGGAGCUACACUGGAAACUCUACUUCUUUGCGGUUGCGGUGUUGUUCGUUAUCUGGCUUUGCUCGACAGGGGAAUGAAAGCGAACUUCCCUCAGCUGCUUCCACAAACGGGUGACGACGAGACUGAUGAUGAGGAUGACGAAGGGAGUGAUGAUGAGGGUGACGAUGAGUUUGACAGCUUCGGUCUUUCUUAUGGACCUGAAUGGGAGAUGGAGCCGGAUAUUCGUUGGCAUCAUCUAUUCGAACGCUUCCGAGUUGGCCUCCAACGUCUUCGGUACUUCAAGUCGGGCUAUUCGCAGGAUUAUCCCUUCGAUAGCCGCUACAACAUGCGGCCCGAUCACCCCAUGAAUGCUUACUACUCCCUUGACUGUCGCAAACCACCGGGAUUCGAGCCAAUCGGGUGGGACGUCUACGAGCCUGAACUUGAAGAAGAAGCUCAGCGUAGGCAAGAGACAGACCUCCAGGAGGAGGAUCGGCGUGCUCUGACUGCACUGAUGGAGACAGUGGAACAACGGGUUGUUGAAGCUAUUUGA